AUGACGCGCAAGCAGCGCGGCGAGACGUACGACGUGUCAAGCGCACGCGGCCGCGCCGCCUUUGAGGCGCUCCUUAAUCAGGACGACGAAGCCGAUGCGCGCGCCGGCGCGGGGCGCGGCUCCAGGAAGGCGGCCGCCGCCGCCGCCGCCGCUGCUGCGGAGCAGCCCAAGGGGAAGCGCGGAAAGGAGCGCUUUUUCCGCUUGCGCGACGACGCCGCGGCGGCGGGCAGCGGCGCCGCAUCGGGGUCCGGGCACGCCCGCGAGCAGCAGCAGCAGCAGCAGCAGCAGCAGCAGCAGCAGCAGCAGCAGCAGCAGCAGCAGCAGCGCGAGCGCGACCUGGCGGCGCUGCGGGAGGUCGUGGGCGGCGCGCUGCCCGAGGCACUGAUCGCCGACGUCUACGACGGCUGCGGCAGGGCGCUGCAGGCCGCGCUGGACGCGCUAUUGGCCAUGGCAGGCGGCGGGCAGGCAGGCGACUCCGCCGGCGCCGGGCCGUCGAGCGGCGGCGCGGCCGCGGCGCAGGAGCGGCGCGACGCGCCGCCCGACGGCGCCGCGGCGUGGGCGUCGCUGCCCCCGGACGUCACUUUUGCGGUGCUGUCGCGCCUGAGCCCGUCCGACCUGGCGCGCGCCGCGACCGCGUGCCGGGAGCUGCGCAACAGCGCGCGCCGCCUGCAGGCCGUCGCGCGCGUGCUGCGGGUCCCGCCGGGCCUGUCGUACCCCGCACUCGCCGCGAUG